AUGCACACCAUCAUCGCUCCGACCCUUUCUGCUCGUCCGUGGGUAGCAGCACCCCACAACAGCAGGCUGCACCCUCAGCAGCACUUCGAGGACUCUUCACACCCAGAGCUGCUGUCCGCCACGUCCUCCACCACCAACAGUGGCUACACUCCGUCCGUCUCUUCGCAGAGCUCCUCGCCGGACAUCGAGGCGUACCACAUGCCGCACCACCACCACCGUCCGGGCAAGGAGUCCGGCAACGCGUCCUGCUUCGGGGAACCCCAUCACCACCACCUCUACAAGCCCAAGAUCUGGUCGCUGGCGGACACGGCCACCAACAAGGCAGUGGAAACUGCACUCAUGCCCUAUGUCCACCAAGACCUGUGCUCUCCGGCCGGCGGGACGUGGCUGGGCGGAGGUGGCACCUCCAAGGGAUACGAGAAUUGCAACAGCAGCAGUCUCUCGUUCCAGAGGUUUGGUGGCUACAACUGCAGCUUACACAGCUUCAACCCGAUCUCUCUGCAGACGGACACGCCGCCCCAGACGCCCCCCAACAUGAAGGUGGGCGCCACUGCCGCAGCAGCCCCUGUGCCUUCUUCAGCCUACAUGGAGAGCGCGGCCUACGCCAUGGGGCACGCUUCCGCCCUCUGCGCCCCCACCACAGACGGAAUGCCCGACGUGCAAAUGCAAGACGACAAGAUGGAUGACUUCAGCAAUAGCCACUCCUCCGGUUUACCUCAGACCUCUACGUCCAACCAAAACCUAAACUCGGACUGCAUCGCGGACGACUACGACGAUCCGUCACAAUACUCCGGCCAGGCCGUGCGGUAGGACGGACGGAAACGUACGCAACUUUAGCACCGGUGAUUUCCUGUUUUUUUUUUCUUUUCGCUCCGCUCGGCACCCUAGUAGAAGACAUUCUUCGAACAUCUGCUGGACAAUGUCAACACACAUUAAUAGUUAUACAUAAAUAUAUAUUAUAUAUGUCCUUGUAUGUUUCCGAGAAGACGUUCUUCUUGAUGUGCGCGUCUGCUUAUGUACGUACUGCACGCCAAUCAAGCAACAAGUGGGCCAGAUAAGCACGUUUUUAACAUUCGUCUGACGCACGUCUGGACUAGCACUUCGAACAUAUAGUUUUGUAUAAUGCAACGCGGAGAUUUCAAAUUUUAGACUGCAGACAGACUUUUGGCGUAUUUUUAAACAUAUUUUGUUCAACAUCCAACUGGAGGAAUUCUUGCGCCCGACAGCAACGGACGCCAUGUUUGGUUCGAUCCAAGUCUAUAAAGUAUUUCUUUGUAUUUUGCAUACUGUAUGUUUUAUGUAUUUAUCUUGUAUUCCUAUAUUUCCUCAGUUUUUUUUGCUUGUUACCAUCGAAAGACCUGUGUUGAACUGUGAU